AUGUGUCAUGUAACGUUGGUUCCCCAAAGGAAGGAGGAUCUAGGUCGAAUCAGAGAUAGUAGCGAGCAAAACGAAGUUGUAUUCAGUUUUCGUGAGCAUGUAAUAAUGGCUGUCGUCAUUGCACUGAAGCUUAGUAAAUCAGCAAGUUGGAGUAGGAGAGAUUUACACCGGAGAGAAAUUAGACUAUUCAUCCAAAGUUUCGCCGAUUCGCUCACAUAUUGCUUAAUGCUUGUCAGUUUUCAUAUUAUAGCACCAAUUGUACCGCCAGGUGUUUCUAUUGUAUUUGCUACGACAAUCGCUUGGCAACUUGCUCAUGCAGGAGGAGGAGUAAUCCUGGUGGUUUUCAACAACGAGAUACGAAGAAAUUUUCUUAGGAAAUGGAAAAGUUCCAGUUUAGUGGUAACAAUUGUUGGAACAAAUAUGCGUUCCAAUCCUAGUCUGUUCUGA